AAACUCCUCCUCCCCGGUGACAGGCGGCAACACUGAAGCGUCGCCUCGCCUUUUCCAACACAAUUUGCGCUCAGGACUUAUUCUCGGUGCCAUCAAGGUGGUGAUCGGGAUCCCUUUAAGGCCAGCAGUGCCAGGCUGGCUGCUGCUCAGUAAGCCCCUGGAGGUGAAGCACUGAGACAACUCACCGCCGCCUGGAUCCAAGGAUUGUCUAAAGUCACUGGGCUGGAGAGCAGACCUCACUUCCCCACCUCCAGCUUCUGUCCACCCUCUCACUGACGACGACGACGACAAUGUGACUACUGGACUCUGUCAGAAGCAUGUGACCUGCCACGUGAACUAUGGAUCUGAGAAUCAGCAUACAUUGAAUCAACACUCAUCCAGCCACAAUGGUCCCACUUCUGUUUUUGGUGGCAACCACAACAACAUCCAAUUCCACCGGCAAUGGCAACCAUACACAAGCAGACGUUCCAUCCCACAGCAACCACAUCCUCCCCACCGUGCUGGUCCUGUCCCUGCUGCUGCUCAUCAUCGCACUGCUAGCCUGGUACUUCCUCAGGUUAAAAAACCAGAGAAAAGCAGUCGUCACAACAGUUGACAAGAAGAUACCAAAUGGCAUCUUGGAGGAACAAGAGCAACAGACGGUGGUCCUUCUGCCCAGGUCCCCUUCGGCCUCGAAGACCUACUUCCCCAUGCCGGUGGAUCACCUGGAGGAGGAGCAGAGGCUCCGCUCUGCUGACGAUGGCAAGCUCUUCAGGGAGGAGUACAACUCCUUGCCAGGGGGUAAUGCACAAGGGACGUCUGAGGAGGCCAACAAGGACAACAACAAGGAGAAGAACAGAUACCCCAACAUCCUUCCUUAUGAUCAUUCCAGAGUGGUGUUGACUCAGCUGGAUGGGAAUCCCUGUUCAGACUAUGUGAAUGCUUCUUACAUUGAUGGUUACACGGAAAAGAAAAAAUUCAUAGCAGCACAAGGUCCAAAAGAAGACACCGUAGCGGAUUUCUGGAGAAUGAUAUGGGAGCAGAAAGUAGCGACUGUUGUCAUGCUGACAAAUCUGAAAGAAAGGAAAGAAGACAAGUGCCACCAGUACUGGCCCGAUCAGGGCUGUUGGAGCUAUGGGAAUGUGAGGGUGGCGGUGGAAGACUUCACUGUCCUCGUGGACUACACCAUACGCAAGUUCUGCAUACAACAUCAAACCAGCGAUGCCGCUAAGACUCCCAGGCUGAUCACCCAGCUCCACUUCACCAGCUGGCCUGACUUUGGAGUUCCUUUCUCCCCCAUCGGCAUGCUCAAGUUCCUUAAAAAGGUCAAAGUGGUCAAUCCACCCUUCGCUGGGCCUAUUGUGGUCCACUGCAGCGCUGGUGUCGGGAGGACAGGAACCUUCAUCGUAAUUGAUGCCAUGAUCGACAUGAUGCACGCAGAGCAGAAAGUUGAUGUGUUUGGGUUUGUCGCUAAGAUACGAGAGCAGCGCUCACAGCUCAUUCAGACAGAUAUGCAGUACUCAUUCAUCUACCAGGCCCUGCUUGAAUACUACCUCUACGGAGACACGGAGCUGGACGUGUCUUCUCUGGAAGGACAUCUGCACAAACUGCACAACACCUUUGCAAACGGUGACCGGGUCGGCCUAGAGGAAGAGUUUAAGAAACUGACCAACAUGCGAAUAAUGAAGGAGAACAUGAGAACGGGGAACCUUCCUGCCAACAUGAAGAAGAACAGAGUUCUGCAAAUUAUUCCAUAUGACUUCAACAGAGUUAUUCUCUCCAUGAGAAGAGGUCAGGAGUUCACGGACUACGUCAAUGCAUCUUUUAUAGAUGGCUACAGGCAGAAGGACUACUUCAUUGCCACCCAGGGCCCUCUGAUGCACACAGUGGAGGAUUUCUGGAGAAUGGUGUGGGAAUGGAAAUGUCACUCCAUUGUCAUGCUCACUGAGCUCCAGGAGAGGGAGCAGGACAAAUGUUGUCAUUACUGGCCCACAGAGGACUCGGUCACCUACGGAAAUUACACCGUCGAGUUGAAGGGAGACACUUUGUGUGACACAUUCAGUCUGCGAGACUUGGUACUCACCUUUGUCCCGGAGAAACAGACAAGGGUGAUCAGGCACUUCCACUUCCACGGCUGGCCGGAGGUCGGCAUCCCGGCCGAAGGGAAAGGCAUGAUUGACAUCAUCGCCUCAGUGCAGAGACAGCAGCAGCAGUCUGGGAACCAUCCCAUCGUCGUACACUGCAGUGCUGGUGCAGGGCGAACAGGUACGUUCAUUGCACUGAGCAAUAUCUUGGAGCGAGUCAAGGCAGAAGGCCUGCUGGACGUGUUCCAAACUGUGAAGAGUUUACGCAUGCAGAGGCCUCAUAUGGUCCAAACUGUGGAACAAUAUGACUUCUGCUACAGGGUGGUACAAGACUUUGUGGAUAUUUUCUCGGACUAUGCCAAUUUUAAAUGAUGAGAUUUGCCUUAAACAUGGUUUUUAAUGUUGUUUUCUAAAGCUGGUUUGUCAGUUUAAUGCGUUUCUUUAACUUGGUCAAAUGAUCUAUUUUGCUAUGCACUUGUCCCACCAUUAACUCCAUCCUCGCUGUAAUAUAUUGUAUGUCAGUGGAUGAAAAUUGUAAAUGAAAAAAGUUAGAUUAAUAAUGUAUAUUUCACAUCCUGUAUGAUUAUUUUGUCAUGAAGUGUUGUUUCAAACUUGGUCUCUUUUUCAGUUUUGUUGUAUAAUACUGUAUUUUAAAUGUUUAUCUAAGUGUUAUUUUGGAUUGACCGCGUAAUAUUUUUAAAAGUUUUAUUGUAAAUGUAUUUAUGUAUUCACCAUGACAUUCCAAUCUUGAGUUUGGUGAAAACGACGGGAAUGUUAACAUUUAUUUUUAUGUAAACAUAGUCAUCACUUCAUUUAUUGAUGACUUCUAUCUGAGAUUAGAGGCGAUAUUUAAUCGACAUGCCCGUCACGAAUGUGAUACUCUUUCCAAUGGAAAUAUGGUCAGAAAAGAAUGAAUCAUUUCAGCCAUAAUGCCAAGAGCGUAGAGUUAUGCAACAGAGGCUAAGAUGACGAAACGGGUUGAUUUCCAAUAUGGAUUCAGGCAGGAGUUUCAGUUCGACGUAUCCCAGUCAUGAGAAAUACCAUUGAACUGGUUUUGUACCUCAAAAAAAGUGGUAUGCAACUGCAUUUAACAUGGAUGUAACAGUCUGCCUUUUGUCUGUAGACAGCAAAAAGUAUUUUUGCUAAAAUAACUGCACAUUAAAAAGCACAUAACAAAGCCUUUUGCCAAGAACCUGCAAUGUUCAAGAAUAUGUUUGCUUUAUUUGUAUUAUAGAUAAUUUCACAAAUCAGUGCCAUAUGUACUUUUCUUUUUUAAGACUUGGAAAAGUAGAACACCCCUUAGGUAAAGGCCAGUGGUCCUAAGAUAAGGUAAAUGUGGUCGCUUAAUGCAGUAUAGACAAGAAAGUAUUAGCAGAGUCCUGUAAUAGCAAAAACAACAAUACUCAUGUGUGGUGCUUCAGUGCCUGCUUAAUGCCAGAGCAACAACAAAAACACCCCAAACUAUCGAUGUUGAGGGAACUUUAUAUCUUUCAGAAUACAUGGGUUUGUUUUUUCACAUAUGUCAAAAUGAAAAAAGUAGAAAGUUUCAUAGAAAAUGAUCUAAUGGUAGUACAAUUCAUAGGAAAGCAUCUGAAUGUGAAAAAGCUUUUCUAUGCAUUUCCUCCAUGGCAGAAACCCCCAUCUAUCUGGUACUCCAAAAUUAAACCAAAUGUAUGGAAUGAUUUGAUCCAGCUCUGCUUUAAUCCUCAAUGAAAUGUGUCAUUUUGUUAAUGCUGCAUGUAAAUACUACAUGACAAAGUGCUGACAUUGUGAAGGUGACUGAGCAGCAGGGAACUGUCAAGUGAUUGGUCAUUUGUUGUGUGCUAUCUGUCUGUGGGAGGUGCAGUAGAAGACGAGACUUAACUAAGCAACCCUUGGUUUCUUUUCAGUCUAUGCCUUCCUUUUUCAGAAAGUUGAGAAUACUCAGUUCAACCUACAGCUCUUUGCCUUUGUUCUGUGGGUGGUCUAACCACUUUUGGAUACUCGAUGUCUUUCAAAUGCAAUUGCAGUAUUAAAUUCAUCUGAAAAUGA